GUGAAAGAAGUCACAACUUUAGCUGACUGUUCAAUAUUCAUGGAAAGAAUAAGCAGUGAUUCCAGUGAAAAGCAUAAAUUAACGUGUUCCACCUCGUGCUCUAAGAAUGUUAGCUACUUGAUCGAGGUAACUAUUUAAGUAUAAUGGUAAAAUGUGUACAUGUGUAAUAACUACUAUGAAAGUAAUGAAGCAGAACACGAAUGAUUUUUCUCUUUUCGCAACACCGUCCUCUGUUGACAACUUUCGUUUGAUAUGAGUUCCGGUUUGGCAUCUUAUCUAUACACGAAGCCCAAUCGGCCUUCGAACACGGUCACGAUUUAUUGUCUGUGUGAGGCAAUAUGAAUUCUUAAGCGGGACGAGCUUUCGCUUUCGAAUCGCAUCAAUAAGAGCGCAUGAUUGCUUCGUCUUCUGCGUCAGACGUGCCGAACGGCGCCUUAUUCUCUCCUUCACUCGGUCAAGUGUAAGGCCUUUUGCCAUUGACGUUGCAGGUAGUUUCUAAAAAUCUACUGUACACCUGUUAUGACGUUGUUUGCUGUCCUUUGUGCUGAUACGUUCCCCGUUGGCAAUUUGAAAAGUAGGACGCGCGCGCGCGCGCGGACCGGGUGGAGAAAGUCACUUUCGUUUGACCACAAACUUCAAGAAAGGUCGACGCACUACAUCGUGAGCUUGGGUUCCUGGAAUCUAUUUGGGCGAUAGGGGCGCUGAUUGUCAAUGCUGCGAAGAUGCGCAAAUUGAGUAAUUCGGAGCAAAGGUGUGCAUUCGUAGCGUAUGAUCUAAGCCAAUAUUUGGGUCGGAGGAUAAAAACAUUGAAUAAAAAACACACGUGCGAGUUUUUAACGCCAUCUCAGCUGCCGCCUGGUGGCUCGAGUCCCAUUCUCAAACGUGAGGGGCUUAGAGGAUGUUGCCUUUCUCCUGCAUUUAGAAAACACUCCAACUAGCAAGAUUAAAAUGCCUUCGUAUUCUUAUUCUCCAGCUCCUACCAGAGAGAUCGCAGUGCCUUGGAUUUGGCUGAAGGUUGUGCACGUAUACUCUUCCACUUGCGUCUUAUUUCAUAUUCAUUUUUGGUUUUAUUACAGUUAAUUUCCUUUGACGGCGUCCUCAGGAAGCGGAGUGAUGCGUGUUAAUAAUUUGUUUUCCAUCACGCUCUAUACUUUCUGUUUGCUAAGUUCUUCUUCGACCCUCCACCAAGAAUCUAUUCAUGAAUGCCAACGUGAGUGCGAUGACGGACCGGCCAAGCGUUGCGUCUAUCAUUUUCACAUUGAGUAUUAUUACACGAUGAGCAAAGCGUGUUACAAUUGUCCGCUCACUCCGGAGGACUGUAACCGGCACCAUUGCAUCGCUGCUGAUGGAGUUGAACGAGGCGUUGUCGCCAUCAAUCGCCAGAUACCAGGCCCUUCCAUUCAAGUUUGCCAAGGCGACACUGUUAUUGUUAACGUCAAGAAUCAUUUACGGGGAGAAGGAAGCGCUAUUCAUUGGCACGGAAUGCACAUGAAGGGGUCUCCCUACAUGGAUGGGGUUCCUCUAAUUACGCAAUGUCCAAUUUCGCCAGCUUCUACUUUCCAGUACAAGUUUGUUGCCGACAAUCCUGGAACUCACUAUUAUCAUUCUCAUUCUGGGUUCCAGCGAGCGGACGGUGCGUUUGGUUCGCUAAUCGUUCGCCAAAGUCGUUCAAAAGAUCCACAGUCACCAUUGUACGAUUACGACCUGCCAGAACAUGUGAUACUCGUUUCUGACUGGCUUGGUGAGCUGGCGCUGGCCAAAUUUUUAGCUCACGCUCACGAUGGCAAAGAUGAUAUUCCCUCAAGCAUCAUUGUCAACGGGAAGGGAAGAAUUUCGAAACCGCGAGAUGAGCUCACAUCACAAGAAUUUAUGCCUCUUGCGGUUUUCAAGGUUGAGCAAGGUAUGCGCUAUCGAUUCCGAAUUAUCAGCAAUGGAAUAUUGGAUUGCCCAAUCACGAUGUCAAUUGACAACCAUACGCUACUUGUAAUCGCCAGCGACGGGAAUCCAGUCCAACCUGUCGAAGUGGAUUCCCUCUUAAUGACUUCCGGUGAGCGAUUUGACUUCGUAUUGAACGCAGAUCAGAUGCCUUCGUCUUUCUGGAUUCGAUUCAGAGGAAAUAUGGACUGGAAUUCUAAAAACGUGUUUCAAACUGCGAUCCUCCGCUAUGAAAAUUCGCCGGAUGUGGAGCCGGAUGAGAUUGUAACAUACGAAAGCACUAGUCGAAAUGGCACGGUUUUGAACCCAAUCAAUCACGCACCUGGUGACCAGGAACAUGUUACCGUGGCUGAAUUAAAGGCAUUACAGGAGGAAAGCGAAGCUGACUGGGCACGUGAACCUGACCGCAAAUUUUUCCUCGCCUAUGAUUUCAACGCUGUCGAUAGUUGGUUGUACCACGAUCCAGAACAUUAUCCGCUAUUUGGAGUGGGAAAACACCAGAGAUUUUUUACUCCCCAGGUGAACCACAUAAGUUUGCGGAUGCCAUCAUCGCCGCCACUAAGUCAACACCAUGCUCUGUCAGUAAAUUCGCUGUGCAAUCAAUCUACUGUGGCUAAUUGCAAAGACAAAGAAUGUGCAUGCGCUUACACUCUACAAGUUCCUCUGGGCUCUCUAGUCGAAGUGAUUUUAAUUGAUGAAGGCAUGACAUUUGAUGCAACUCAUCCAUUCCACCUUCACGGCUACUCCUUUCGUGUAGUGGCGAUGGAGCGCAUUGGCAAUAAUGUCACUGUUGACCAGAUUCGAGCCAUGGAUGAGAACGGGCUGAUCCGCAGAAAUUUAGUGGAUGCGCCCAUCAAAGACACAGUUGCUAUUCCUGAUGGCGGAUACACGGCCAUUCGUUUUCUGGCAACUAAUCCAGGCUAUUGGCUGCUCCACUGUCACCUGGAAUUUCAUGCUGAAGUCGGGAUGGGCGUUAUUUUCAAAAUUGGAGAACACCAGGAUUUCCCUCCGAUACCCGAUAAUUUCCCGACUUGUGGAGAUUGGUUUCCUUCGGAGAAGAAAACAGUUGAUGUAAAUUUCACGGUUCCAAAAGAUCCGAUCAUCUACGACAUAAACCCUAUCCCCGCUGGAGAGAAUGAGCUACUCCCUUUAUUGAUAGCUGCUUCACCUUUAAUCCAUCCGCACGAGAGUCGCGAAUUGAGUGACGAAAUAUCAGCGGCAUCUUCAUUUCACCGGUACUAUUCAUUGGCUUUGUAUACUAUUAUCGCUUAUUGUCUUUCAAUAUUUUGCUUUCAUUUGUAAAAACGCUUCGCUAGCAGCAAACAGUUAUCAUACGUAAUAACGGGGAACUAAGUCCUAAAAUGACACAUAUACAGUAACGUCUUAAUGUGAAUUGAUUUCACAAAUGUUUUAUUUGCUUGAAUGCUUAUUAAAGCCAAUUUUGCAAAAAGUUGUAUUUUUAACAUUUAUAACUUGUAUAGUAAUCUGUUCGAUUUGUCUUCUUGUGUUAAAACAAAUUUAUUAAUUGAAGUUAAAA